UCAUUGAUCAGCUCAAAGCAGCAGGCAAUAGAUGGCUUCAGAUUUUGUCCAACCGAGGAGGAACUACUCAAUCACUUGAAGUUAACAGUAUCCGGAUGCAGAGAAAGUUUCUGCAUCAUUCCAACACUAGAAAACAUCUACGAGAUAAAUCCAUGGGAUUUACCAGCCAAGUUCAGUGAGAAAUCAGUCGUUCCAUCCAAAGAUCAAGAAUGGUGGUUCAUAUGUCCACAGACGCAGAGCCAACGGAUUAGCAGGAAAACACCAUGUGGUUCUUCUUGGAAUAUCACCGGUAAACACAAAGAUAUUAAGGCUAAAAAUGACAACAAAAAGAUCGGUUCCAAGAUAAUAUUAGUUUUCCAUGAUGGCCAGAAUUCCAAGGGCACUAGAUCCAAGUGGGUCAUGCAUGAGCUUCAUCCACAUCCUGAUAAUAUGGGUUACGUUCUUUGUUGCCUAAAGAUGAAGCAACAUGGGAAGGCAGAUAACCAAGAACCAUCUAACCAGGUAAGGGAGAACCAACCAAACGAUGCAGCUAUGGCAAUGGAUGGAGACAUUCCAUCAAUUCCUCAAUUUCAUUGUCCUGAAGUUUCUUCUAGCGAGCAGAAUAAGGUUAUUGCCGAGUUAUCUAAAAAAAAUUACAGUAAGAGCGAUAGAUCAUGUCAGAAUAAAACAAAAUCCCUAGCCCCUAUACACGAAGACAAUAACCCCUUCUCACAGAGCGAAGGAUCAUAUCAGAAUAAAACAAAAUCCCCAGCCCUGAUACACAAAGACAGUCACCCCUUCUCACAGAGCGACGGAUCAUAUCAGAAUAAUACAAAUUCCCUAGCCCUGAUACACCAAGACAAUCACCCCUUCUCACAGAGCGAAGGAUCAUAUCAGAAUAAUACAAAUUCCCUAGCCCUGAUACACGAAGACAAACACCCCUUCUCACCUAAUCAGAAGCAUCUUGCGUGGACUAAAAAUUCCUCUAGUACAGCAAAUUCAUCAGGAAGCUGCCUUGCUGUAUCUGAACCUAGUAUUCAUGAGUUACAUUUCCCACAUCCUUUUCCUAAUUUUGAUGACACGUCUGGAACUUCAAACUUUAAUGGUGAACAAGCAGAUAAGAGCUGUUAUAGCAUGGAUUGUGAGAACCCAGAGCAACUUCCUUUUGCAGAGCAUCAGGUCCAGAAUAUGCAGAACCAAUUAAAUGAGCUAAUCACGAACGGGAGUUCCUCUAGUACAGAAAUAUCAUCCAGAAGUCACACUACUAUUACUAAAGAACAGAGCUGGAUCGAGCCUCGGAUGUCCCCUCCUUAUUGUGAUUUAUUUCCUAAUGGUGAACUUUGCAAUUUAUAUGGCCUAUUCAGUGAACUUGAAGCAGAAAUAGGAGUAAGUCAGUAUGGCCAACUUGGAGAAAGUACUAGCUGGGACAAUCGUUUGGCUAAGAACAGGCAGCCAGAGCCUCCCAUACAGCAGGCACGUCCUCCAUUACUGGAAGAGAAAGGAUUUAUAAAACCUUCACUCAGCCAUCUUCCUGGCACCGAAAAGAUCAUAACAGAGUAUGCAUCUUCAGAUGAAGUGCCAGCAAAAGCAAAGGAAUACAAUCACCAUGCCUCCCAAACCCUAAAAAAUGAUAAAGGAAAAGCAAUAGAUACAUCAUCUGAAAUAUCACCAAUUAAAUUACAAAUCCAAAUACCUUCCAUGACAACAUGGACAGACAUUCUUGAGGAAGAACCAUUAGAACCCAUCAUCACGCCAGCAUUAUCCCAAUUAGCUCCACAAUUUCCUGAAGAAACAAUUAUGCUUCUUCACACGAUACAAAAAUCAAAGCCAAAGACAUCGUCCCAAGCAAUUGAGCUAAGCUCAAACGUAACACCACUUACCACCUCCGGCAACCAAUUAAAAAGAAAAUAUAGUGAGAUGAUAAAUAGGCCGCAGGCAAUCCUGCAAAAUGAAGAUCAAUAUUUUUAAUACAAAAAAUGCCUACUAGAGAAUGAUACUAGUUAAGAUGGAUUUUUCCAUGAAAAUCCAAUCAUUUUCUCACAAAAUAUAUUCCCUAAAAAUUGGUACAAAAACUUCUUGAUUAUAAUGUGCAAAUUCUAAUUGAAAGUAAUCAGUAUUGUCCAAACAUCUGCCUUCCCAAAAUGAUCCUAUCAUUCAUUUUACUGGAACCAUUCUCCAAAUCAUUCCACCAUCCAAAUGGGGUCCAUCUCCUCAUACAGCCUAAAAAUUCCUAGCCAGAAAAAUCACUAGACUCUCAUAUCUGCCCACAUAUACAUGAUGAGACUAGUUGUGAGAUCAUUUUGGUCCCAUAGUAGAAAUACAACCACUAGAAAUCUAAUAAAGUAAACAAGCUAUUCGACUCAGAAUUUAUACCAUUAGAACAAGAAUAGUGUUUGCCGAUUAUUCUAUUCAAAAGUAGCAAAAAUUUUUCAUGGGAGUAAGAUUAUUAUAUCCCCCCUCAAGGCCUUAAUAUUCCAAAACUCAUUCAGAUAUUCAAAACUAAAUGAUGGGAUAAUUUCAAUCUCAUCAAAAGUGCAUCCAAACAAAUAGUCCUGGCUUGGUUUAACCAACAUCACAAACCAAAUUAAGCCUCUCCAAAUAGCAAAAUUAUAAGAAACUGCUUCAUUUCUACAGCAAAAUCUUGGGCUAGUGCCCAACUUGCUGCUUUGAGAUCACAAGAUGAAUACAUCACAAUCACAAAGCAAAUGCUAGUAGAACUAAAAGAUGAAUACAUCACAAUCACAAAACGACUUUACCCAAUCACAUCAUAGUGAUGACCCCAAGGGGACGACUGCUAUGAAAAUAAUAAAUACAUAAUAAAAGACCAGAAAACAGAAAACAAUCAAUCACAGGAAGCAGCACACCAGGAAUCAAAGGCUAUCAAUCAAUCUGCAGCAGCACGCGGGAAUCCUGCCACCACUGAAAGCAGAUUAUGUAUCAGACAGUAGCAAAUCAUUGCACAAAUCCCAAUCACUGUUCAUAGAGAAGGAAACUCCCAUUAUUCAGCCACAGCAGAAGAAAGACAAUGUGAAGGUUGAAUCGGAGAACAUAUCCCGUUGCGAAACCAGAGAUGAUUCGCUUUCAUCGACGAGAUCGACAGCAUCAACCAGUCAGUGCCGCCGAAAUAAAUCCAACACUAAUUCAAGAUCUCACAUUGCUGUGUUUUUUGCACUUGUUUUUCUGGUAUGUGUAAUCGUUGAUGGAAUACACAGAAUAUGUGAUAGAGUCAGAGUGGAUACGGGACCAUGUGUUUUACUGGAGAUUCUAGCCAGCGUCAGAGAUGGCACAAGAUAACUUCAUUCGCUCGAUGUGUCCCCUCUUAGUUCCGUCUGUUGGAUAAAUAAUGUCUAAGGUCAUCUUCA